AUGCUCCAACACCGCCGUCGCCGUGCCGCUUCAGAGGCGCUUCAGGCGCUGUUUGAGGAUCCCAACGAGCCUCAAGACGAGGCUCCGGACGCUCAAGACUUGGUCAGAUGCACCCUGCCUAUUCAUGGCUCCUAUUGCUCACUUACAGCCUCUAGGUCUUUGAGAACAUCCCAAAGGGAGACCCAACACGCGGCAUUCGUUGGUGCACUGACAAACACAUCGUAAGCUGCUCUUGUCCUUCCCAGCUUCUCCUUACGUAGCUAUUGACAUGUCGUAGAACCGGAGGCUGAUCACCUUGCGUCUUGCUGUGGAUUACCAAUUCUGCCGCGGCUUCCUCCCGAACCCCGCCCUUGCACCCACCAUCUUCACGGCGCUCGAGUUCCCUUUCGAACAAGGACAGGAGUUCAAUGCGGUGAUAGUCAAGAAGUGGACUGGCAUGAUGGAGAGAGAAGUCGAUCCAGCAAAGCUGGGCAACGGCUUCGUGCUCGAUGAGAUCGACAGAGAUGGUACAAAGCGCCUGCGCAUCACUAUGGUGGGUCUUCACACACAUCUAUGUCGACCUCACCACAACAUUGCUGAUACUGUACAGGAUUUCAAGGACCACAUCAUGGCCGCCAAGUUCCAUCCCGACGAUCUGAAGUCGGAAGUGCCCGCUGUCCAUGUCUCCGAUGUAGAGGAGAAUGGCCUGGCUGUCAACGUCUGCGACAAUCCCCACGGCUUGACCUAUGUACGUGAUACUCUUUCAAACAGCUUCUCCCAGAGAUUGUCCCCGUGCGCUAAUCCAACUCUAGUGGGUUCCCAAAGCUGUCCAGGCCCUCCGCGAGGCCGGCUGCUUUCAACUCGGCGGUCCCCGUCCGACGAACAACCUUGCGCGCAACUUCGUCGUCCCAGGCGUCGCUCGCGCCUCUCGCCCAGGCAUCCCUCGCGCCCCUCCACGCCAGCAGCUCCCCGAAGGAAACUACGACGAGUACGACAAGCGCGGUCGCGAAGAGAGCGCCGAGGCCGAGAUCUACACCCCUGGUGCUCGUUCCGCCCUCCGCCGCGGCAACCGCCCUCGGCGUCUCACCCCCGCCGCACACGAGGAACUCUCUGCUCAGCUGCAGGAGGCUCUGGAGUACGCGAAGCAGGCUCUCAAGACCAACGUGCCUCUCUCGCAUCUUCUGCAGUCUCGUGGUCAUGAUGUGAACGAGCUGUUGGCGCGCGUGGAGGACUUGGGAGUGGGCGGGAUCUCUCCUCGCCGCUGA